CUUUAUUCUUCUUUGCUUCAAGUCAAAGAAGAGGAAUGCCCUCCCACGUGGCGCAGAGAACAUCUGUUGAAAACAACUAAAAGCCUGGGAGAAAAAGAAAAAGAAGAGGAAGGGGUCAACAAAGAAAGAACAAGAGAUUAUGCAGGCAGAGACGAUGAAAAAAGCCUUGGAGGAGCUCAUCCGGAGUACAGAACGAGAGGCUGUUCCUCCAAGUCGUUCAAGCUGUACUCCCCCAAGGAGCCUCCCAACGGUAGCACUUUUCCCCCUUUCCAUCCCGGCACCAUGCUGGACAGAGACGUGGGUCCAACCCCAAUGUAUCCUCCCACAUACCUGGAACCAGGCAUUGGGAGGCAUACGCCAUAUGGCAACCAGACAGACUACAGAAUAUUUGAACUAAACAAACGGCUACAGAACUGGACAGAGGAGUGUGAUAACCUCUGGUGGGAUGCAUUUACUACAGAGUUUUUUGAAGAUGACGCCAUGUUGACCAUUACUUUCUGUCUGGAGGAUGGACCUAAGCGUUAUACAAUUGGUCGUACGUUGAUUCCAAGGUACUUCCGGAGUAUAUUUGAAGGUGGUGCCACUGAACUCUAUUAUGUGCUGAAACAUCCCAAGGAAUCAUUCCACAACAACUUUGUCUCCCUUGACUGUGAUCAGUGCACCAUGGUCUCCCAGAAUGGAAAGCCAAUGUUCACACAAGUGUGUGUGGAGGGACGAUUGUACCUGGAAUUCAUGUUUGAUGACAUGAUGAGGAUAAAAACGUGGCACUUCAGCAUCAGACAACACCGUGAACUCAUCCCUCGCAGUAUACUGGCCAUGCAUGCCCAGGACCCACAGAUGCUGGACCAGCUGUCCAAAAAUAUUACAAGAUGUGGCUUGUCAAACUCUACUCUAAACUACCUCCGACUGUGUGUGAUUCUGGAGCCGAUGCAAGAACUGAUGUCCCGACACAAGACAUACAGCCUCAGCCCCAGAGACUGCCUCAAGACCUGCCUCUUCCAGAAAUGGCAGCGGAUGGUGGCACCACCAGCCGAGCCAUCAAGACAGGCCCCAAGCAAGCGACGGAAGCGUAAGAUGUCAGGUGGCAGUACCAUUAGCGGAGGAGGAGGAACUAAUAACAACAGUAAUAACAAAAAGAAGAGUCCCGGCAGUGGAUUCCCACUGUCCAGCCAGGUUCCAGAUGUGAUGGUAGUGGGAGAGCCCACGCUGAUGGGAGGGGAGUUUGGCGACGAGGACGAGCGUUUGAUCACGCGGCUGGAGAACACACAGUUUGACGCGGCCAACGGCAUUGACGACGAGGACAGCUUCAACAACUCCCCGGCUCUGGGAUCCAACUCGCCGUGGAACAACAAAGCGCCCUCUAGCCAGGAGAGCAAGAGUGACAACCCCACCUCGCAGGCAUCGCAAUAGAGUCGGGGCCCCACAUUCGCAACACAGAACCCUCGCUCCAUUUUCCUU